CCCUGUGAUGCACUGCCAGCCACUCCAUGACUGGGCUGGACGGCAUGUCUGUCGGAGCGGUAUAAUCUGAACCCAAACCGGGAUAUAAUGGAGCCGUCGGCCUGUUGACCAAGAUGCGACGGUGCAUGAAAAAGCUGGUGUCCACGGCAGGAUGAAGUAUGAUCGGCGGUAAACGACAAGAGAAACACGAAGACAGAAAUCUGAGUCAACAUAAUCCAUCUGGACAUCGGGGGGGAUAGAUGAGGACCGUGAUGGCUUCGAUGAAAACAGUAUUAUUCGUUCUUCUGCAUGGGGUGCUCCAGUAUGCUGUAUGCCGUGAUGUGACCCUUCCCAAUGGACCCCUGUACCGUGUAGCAGGGUUCCCCCUCUCCCUGCCCUGUGUCGUAUCCGGAUAUGAAGGCCCACGCACACAGGAGUUCGAGUGGUUCUUGUACAGAGAUGAUGCUGGAGGAAGGCAGAUGGGUGUGGUGUCCACCAGGGAUAAAGGCUUCCCCUACGCUCCGUUUCUGCCCAGGGUGAGCAGUGGAGAGGUGAGGGUGGAGCGGGACUCUGGGGACAAGGUCCGGCUGGUGAUCCACAGGCUCCGAUCUGAAGACCAGGGGAAGUAUGAGUGCUACACACCCAGCACAGACACCACCUACCAAGGGAACUACAGCGACUCAGUGACUGUCAAAGUGAUCCCUGACACACUGCAGAUCAGCUACUCGCGUGCACUCACUGGCCAGCCCAUGCCGGAGGGGGCGGAACUAACAUUGACUUGUUCAGCCAGCAUCCAAUCGGAGCAGCUCACUCAUCUGUCCAUCAUGUUUGGAAAGCGUGGUGGAGGAGAGAGUCUGGGAGGCGGGGCAGGCGGGGAGGUCAGCAACGUGAGGGAGAUUAUCUCCAUCGACAAGCUUCUAGGGGUUGUCCCCGGACGUUUGUACAAGACGCGGUACGACAAUGGAGAGAUCACGCUGGAGAAAAGAAAUGGAGAGGCUGGCCAGGAUUUGUACGUGAUGAAGAUGACAGCAGUGCAGCCAGAUGACAGUGGCUCUUAUUUCUGUGAAGCAUCGCAGUGGAUUCUGGACCCUGAUCGAUCCUGGCAGAAAAUUGCACAGAGGACGCUGGAUAUUGGCAACUUGACCAUUCAGCAACUAGCGGAGUCUCUGAGUGUUACAUCAUCACCCAAAGGGGAGGUGACCCUGCAGGUCGGUUCCCCUCUCAUCCUGACCUGUGAGGUCCUGGGGCUGCCGUCUGAGGUCAGCUCAGGUCUGCUGGUCCAGUGGAUGAAAAGGGGCUCCGUCAGCAGUGAUUCUGUCAGGACUGGUGGAGUCGAGGUGGAGGUGGCCCGGAUGAGCCCAGACGGCAUUGUGAGCUGGGGAGACGACCUCAGCCGAUCUAGUGGCGGCUCCAUGGAGAAAGUGGCGGUGGGGAAGUACUCUCUGAAGCUGUUCUCAGCCCGUCCCGCUGACUCAGGAGUGUAUCGAUGUAUGGUCAGUGUGUAUGCCGGAAGGAAAAACCCUGGUCCGUCCACUCCAGCCACUUUCACCCAGAGAUCUGAGGGAGUUACCGUCAACCUGAAGACCAAAGACGUCGUGGUGUCCGCUGUGGCUCAGCUCCCUCGAGGCCCGCUAUUGAAACGAGGCAACACCAUAACCCUCAUCUGCAACGCCACCAUCACAACCACAGGCCCCGCCCAGGCACAAGUCCACUGGCUGCGUUGGCCAAUCCCCGAACCAGUUCUGAACAAAGACCAAAGGCCAGAAUCUGACAUUUCUCCACCGGACCCCCCAGUAGAAGAGAAGCCCAAACUGCUCGCUGCUCUCAUGUAUGAUGGGGUUGUGAAGAUCUACGGCAACGGCAGCGAGGUCAGCGUCGACCGGCUGUCGACUGUGAGCUACAGACUGAGGGUCCACACGGCCAGUCCCGAGGAUCAGGGCAUGUACGCAUGUCAUGCAGAGGCGUGGAGUCAGGACCCACAUGGAGGCUGGUACAACACCGGAGCCAGAGCAGAGUCAAAUUCUGUGACUGUUUACCUGUACGCCCGUGCCGCUGAUCUCCUCCUCAUUCCCCUGGUUAUUGGAGUCUCCUCCGCGUUAUUUGUGGGCAUCGUCAUCAUUGCAACAGUGACCUGCUGCUUCAUGAGGCGUCUGGCGAGACAGCGAGCUCGGAAAUAGCUGUCUGUUGUCAGUGCCUGAAAUCUGAAUGUUCAUGAGGAGGCACAAAGAAGUGAUGCUCGAAACCGAAUGAGUUAAAAUGGCCAAGAAGUAACUAAUAGCUAAUUUUCUGUGUUUUGACCUACCUGUUUAACAAUCAAUGCCAAAAAAAUCUGUUUUAUAUUGUAUUUUUAUAUCCAAACUUCUGAAAACCACAUAUUAUAGAAAGUGCUGCAUUAUGCACCAACAGGCAUAACACUCUUUGCUGCUGCCACCUCAUUUUCUCAAAUGACAACUCUUUGACAGUUCGUAAGAGUAUUUUUUUCAUGGUAGCCCACAUUAUCUACUAACUCAAUAUACAAUCCCACUUCAGGUUAUAUUCCAGGUUUUCUUAUUUGUUAUAACUUGAAGAGGGUCAAAUUGCAGAACAGGAUACUGCUAUAAUGUGAGUCUUAAGUAAAGAAGGUGUUGCAGGUGUAUUUAGUCUCUUAAAUGUGAGAAAUCUCACAGACAAUAAAAAUGCUAAAGUAUUAUUAGAUUGGAAAAGCUAAGCUAACUCUCCUCUCAGGAUGCUCAUGGUUUGAAUGGAUAAUGGUACAUUAGGCAACCAAAAUGUUUUGCAAGUUGCUAGGUACAUGGAUAACUUUGCAGUUACUAAUAGCCUGAGUUUCACACAAAGGAUGUUCUGUUUUUCACAAAUUGUUGGUACUGUCCCAGCUUUUCCUGUCUCAUACUGCAUGUUUUCUUCUAUCACAAAAACAGUGUUUAAAUGUAUGUGCAUGGUUAAACCUCUAGCACUGCCACUGACAGUCACAUGAAUGCUGAUGGGAGCACUUCAACCCCCUGAGACAGAAUAAGAGCCGGGACCUUCCACUGCCUGCAGUUCAGCAUCAGUCUCCAUGUAAACAAAGUCUGUCUGUGACUUAAUAAGGAUGGCGCUGGCUGGAGACUUUCUGAUGCCAAGACCAAUUGAGUACCAUUUUCUAAACACAAGCAUUCUUUGCCUGUGUGUUUCACGCUGUAGUGAGUUUUCUAUAUGUAGUUAUGUAGAUUUGACAGAGAAAUGGAAGUGAUAUCCAUUAUGCACUGAGCGAAAAUAUGUAAAUAGUUUAUGAAGUUUAGCUGUUUUAUUUUUCUUAAUGUAAGAUUUUGCUGUAGCGCCAUGUUUGUCUUUGGCAAACCACCUGUGUUUAAUAUUCUGCAGCAGUCUGUCGUGAAGCACUUGGACAAAAGUGGGGCCGGGACCAAAGCCCCUUUGGUAUUCUUCUUUUACUUGAUUUUCUCUCAGCUGAACAGUUACUUUGUUGUACUUAAGCAAGUAUGUUUUUCAUGUGUGUGUUUGAUUAACAGUUCCUUUGCUCUUGUCAAGUGACUGAGACAGAAAAACAGUACUGUGAAAAAGAAUUCUCCCUUUGUUACAUAGAGCAACAUAAGAUCAGUUGUGUUGUUUCCCACUGUUAGGAUACUUCUCCUUGAGGUAAAACUGAAGCAGUACAGUCAUCAUGACCUGUAGUCACCACUAUUAGUUCUCACAUGGUUAAAGCCAUGCAUUUCUCCUACCAAGAUGUAUGACUGCAGCCUCUGCUGCUGCUAGCCCAGGGAAAUCUGUUGGACACAUUGACUGUGUCUGCUGCACACUCAACUGAAAUCCAUCCUCCUCUUCCUGUGUAAAGAUCAGCCAGGCAAGUGUGCUGGCACUGUGUGAUCAUUUAGAAACAUGUGAAGAAAAGAAGUAAUGGUUGUCAUCCACUCAUUGUCAUUUGUUUGCACUAAGCCAUGCCAUAUUUCUGUCUACUUUUUAGUGUCUGUUUCUCUCAGUUGCUUUAGACCUUAAAUCUGCCUGUCCUGCCUAACCUGUGCACUCUAAACCCCGAUUAUUAUAAAUGUUCAUGAACAUUAGGGAAUAAAAUCACAGCUCUGCUUGCUUCCUGAGCCACUUUGUUCCAGAUCAACAACUCAAAGCUGAUUUGCUCCCCCACGUACCCACCCACAACAUCCACAACAUGAUUACACACACGCCACAUGUGCACGUGCACACACAGUGCAGCAGCAGCACAACUCUGGCUGAUAUUUCAGAUGGAAGUCAUGAGUAUCUGUGUGUUCAUCUCUAAUCCCUGGUCAUGGCUGCAGUGUGUUCUGUUGCCCUUCCCCCCAUCUCUCACUGUGUGUCAGUGUGGCUCGAUUCAUUUCAAUCUCUGUUCCCUGGGAAUUACAGCCAGCUGAAAAAAUUGAAGAACACAAUGUACACAGUAUGAAAACUGCUGUCAAAGUUUUUUUUGUAGGUGUAUCAGACCCUUUUUGAAGGUGUUUUGAUCGUUCCCUCCUCAUGCGUUACUGUUCCUGAAUGCAUUUUUCUGCUGCGGUUGAUAUACAUAAAGAAAAGUUACUGCUCACAUAGUUUCUUAUGGUGCUUUGGUAAACCUGCCAAUUGAUAAACCAAUAAACCAUUCUGGAUUUAUAA